AUGUGGGACAGCUUCAAAACUGGCACUGGCCCCAGCAUUCACCAGCUGCCACCUCGAGAGCUCAAAAAUCGACCAUUCCUCCAAACUCAACUCAAAAACCAAAACCAAAACCAGGGUCCAAUGCAUACGCAGGCACUGCCACAAAAUCGAUCCACCACCAGCAUCAACAGCUUCCGAAGCUCAAACAAGUCACGCGACGGCAGUGGCAGCAACAGCAGCAACUACAAUUACGACCCCCAAGCACACAUCAAAGACGAUUUCGAAAACAGACUCAACGGUCUCGGCAUUCAAAACGGUCCUUUCAGAUACGAAAUCCGCCGCGGCAAGACAGUUCGACAGCCAUACAACUCAGGUCCACCUCGUCUCUCCCCUGUUCUUGGAUCUGACGAUAUCCGAACGAAAGCUCCUCCCCGAAACCCUCGACGACUGCAAGGCGAGGACGAUUCUCCCUGGCGACCUGCCUCAUCUGUUUACGACGAUACCGACGACGACCGAAGCAGUCGCCAUUCCCGCCACUUGGACAUUGAAAGAAUUCCUCGUUCCAAGGUGCCUGCCAAAGACAUGUACGGUCGUCCUACAGGUCUUGAGAUCUCGCCUCCUAGCUCUCCCGAGUUUGAAGCUACAAAAUACGGGCCACACUCUCAAGAUGUCUCACCAAUCGAUGAGGCUGCAAGUCUAUCCCAGCUGGAUCUGCUAGGAGAUCGCCGGCUUACACCCAGUCAAUCGCAAACAAACAUGCGCAGCCAGAUACCGACUAUGCGUCGUGAUUACCCUACAAGUCCUGGUCAACCAUCACCACUACGAUCAGCCAGAUCAACCGACCAACUUGCAGACUCUAUCACCCCAUGGGAAACCGCGCAACCAACGUCUCAGUCGCCCGAUAACGCCCUGCAAACAUUCGGACUUACAACUAUCGUCACUGGACCGCAGCACACUUCUUCAGGCAAUCCGUCUCCCUCACUCGGACAGCGAAUUCGGAAAUUUGCCAGAGUGAAGCCUGAGUCUAUCGAGAAUAGACCACCAUGGAAUGGAGCAAGCGGCCGUGCGCCUAUGGUCGAGCCUGUGCGGGACGAUCUAUCUGUCGCACCUUUAAGUUUGCAGCGCAGGGUCAGCAAGCGUGUUGGGCUGGGUGGUGGCCCGUCUCCUGAAACCCCUAGUGGUAAUCCUGGAACAGGACGACAGUUCAUGCCUUCACGGUCCACUCAAAAGUCCAAGGACGCUUAUAAAACACCAUCUCCCGAAACUGCUCCUCACUCAUACCCCAGCCCGCCCAAUACCGGUUCUCCUCCGUCUCAGCCUACAAUGCCGCACGCCGCAAAGCCCAUGCUCAAUCCUAACAUGGUACCGGACCAGCUCAAAGCCGUCAAGAGAAAACCGUCACCCUCAACUCACAACCCUCACACUUCCUGGUCAAGUUCCGUCUACUCCGCUAUAACCGAAGAUACGAUCCUUGGCCGCAAAUCACUUCUCAACUCUAUUGAACCAACCAGUCUUACCGCACCCGAAGAUCCUUGGGCACAGCCCGCAUCGCGUUUCAGCGUAACGACGUGCAACACUGCUGCUCCUAAUACGCCUCAUCUGUCAGAUAACGGAGAUCGACCUUCUUCGCCAGAUACACCAAAGCAAGCCCCGUCAGUGAUGGAUCGUAGGAGACCAGUUCCAGGCGGAGAUAACUUUAGGAGGGCUUCGAAUGUACCGAUCCUCAUCUCAAUGAAGUCAGCCGAGGCAUUGAGAACACGCGAGCGUCCUGAGUCCAUUAUUUCCACCGACAAGGCGCUCCCACCAGCACCACCGGAGUUGCAGUCGGCAAAUGAUCGUGUAGCGUACCUUACCGCUCGACUCGAUAGUUUAGCGCACCGUCGCAACAACAUCAACCGAAGCAUCAAGCAGAUGACGGAGUUGAUGCCCACCGACAGGAUUCUAGCAAGCUCAGACGUGAUACGCAGACGCGAGAAUGAGAAGAAGAAGGUUGAAGGACUCAAGGAAGAGUUGUCAGAGAUCCAAAGAGAGGAGCAUGACUUGGGAUUGAAACUCUAUCGAGCCAACAAGCGUCUUGAAAGGGAGGCUGCGUUCGAACCCUCUUCCCUCUGGGUUAGACGCGUGACAUCAACGUAA